AUGAUGACUCGAUCGUUACUAGUAUGGACUGCGGCACUAGCAUUGGCGUCUUCUGUGGAUGCUGCCACCAAGGUUGCCGUCAUUGAAUUGGGACCUACUGGAACCGUUCACCGUGCCAAUGCAGGACACCCGGAAACGUCGGCUGCGGGAGUCACUUCCUUUUUCCAAGCGCUUCACGGCGGACGUAAAUUGCAAGAAUCUGGAAUGGCAGUCGUUCCUGAUCUCUUCAAUAAGCCAGAGAGUAGUGUAGUUGUCAGUAUUUCUGGUGCUGAUUUGGAGAAUAUGCCCGAAUUGAAUGCCAUGAUGUCGAAUGAGGAUGAAACUGUAGGACACUUGAAAUGCCACGGAAAGAAAUCCAAAUCGAUCUUGAAUGGAGUCAAAAAUGUGGACAAUGUCGAGGAUAUUUCUUCACUAAAGCUUAGUGUUGAAUCCAAGGCCAAGGAAUCUGGUAUUUCCGGAGUUUCAUUCCAAGUUGCUGAUAAGGAACAAGCUGCGGAUGUGGAUGCCCAAGUCUCGGGAAUGAUCAAGGACAUGAAGAAGUCAUGCAAAGAGAAUGGAAACAAGGUCGUUCUUCACUUGAUGGUGGAAGAUAUUACUGAAGAUGAACAUGAUGCUAAUGAAUUCACUAGCCACCGUCGUCUUCAAGAAGAUGACGGAGAUGAAAACAAUGGUUACUAUGGCUACAAAUACUACAAUGCCUAUGGUGAAUUGAUAACUACCUACAAGACCAUGUUCCAAAUCCAAUAUUUCAACGUUGUAUUGUGGACAGCACUUGGAUUGGUCAUCACCUUGAUCUAUUCCUUUACUCUUAUGCUGGGUAUGCCACUUAUGCCCGAUACCUUGCUGUUUGGAGAAUCUGCCAAGGUUCCAUUGGAUGAGUAA